CCGCCUCUUCGCUUUUCAUUUGUUUUUCCAUUUACAUACAUAAACAAAAAAAAUUAAUCACAAAAAUUUCGCCCUGAACCAUCUCCACCCUAUAUAGCAAUCACUCCCAUGUCCGAAAAGGCGUGUUUUUGAGUUUUGUUCCCCCCCAAAGCGCUUCAGCUUUUUGCUCAAAGAUGGUGGAACGUCACACUGCAGAGGCAGUAGGAUUCGCAUUCACUGACCAAUAUUACCAAGUACUAUAUCAACGGCCUGAAGAUACACACAAGUUCUACAAGGACUCAAGUGUUGCUGGAUGGGAAGGAAAAGAUGGUGUUGUGCAUUCAGUGACAACAAUGAAAGGAAUAAACGAUAUGAUCAUGUCUUCGGAUUACAAGGAUUCUGAUGUGGAAGUGAAGAGUGUGUAUGCUCAAAAAGCUUUACAUGGAAGUAUACUUCUGGUGGUUGCUGGAAACUUGACCGGAAAUGAUGACGUGACUAGAGCAUUUAGCCAUACUUUCCUUCUUGCAAGACAAGAGAGGGGUUUUUUUGUCUCGAAUGACAUUUUACGGUUUCAUGAUAUGAAUCCAUCAACUCCUGAAGCUGAAAAUGGCUCUGUUCUUCAAGCAUCAGAAUCUCCUUCAUCCACCAAUUCAGAUGUUUCCGAGCUUGUUGAGGCUCCUGAGAAAAUGUGCACAAAGGCAGAAGCAAAAGAUGCCACUUCUGAAUCUAAACUGAAUCCAUCAAGUGAGAAGAUCACAAUUGAAUCACUUCCAACACCACCAGUAAUUAAUUCUAAAGAAGCUACCCCUAAGACAACCUAUCUUGAAAAGCUGUCAACAGAGAGCACAUGUCCUCAUGCUCCUCCCCUCCCAAUUGUAAGAGUUUCACCGAGUGAUGGAAGUUUGAUUGAAACAAAGCCACAAGUCCCUACUGGCAAUGAUUCAAUCAAGAAAAUGAGUUUUCAUUCCAAUGGUGUGGGGUUCAAAACUGCCUCUCCCCUGAGUGACGAAACAAUGGAAAAUAUCUUUCAACCUACGGGAAUAUAUAUUGGAGGAUUACCACCCCACACAACGAAGAAUGAGCUCGCCGAAGCUGUCAAGAUGUUUGGUAAAGUUAAAAAGAAUGAUGGUGUUCAAGUUAUAGAUAACAAAAAUGAGGAUGGAUUCACUUACGGAUUUGUACAUUUUGAGACUGAAGAUUCUGCACACAGAGCUGUCGAGGCUCACAAUAUUACCAUCCGUGGGAAAGAAGCAUACAUAACAUAUAAAAAGUCAAACACAAGAGCUUGGGUUCCUGCUUCUGGUAGCAACAAUGGCGGUGGAAGGGCUCCAGGGGGGAAAGGUGGGCCCUACCAUAAUAAUACUUCAUCUGGUAGAGGAGGACCUUACAAUGGAUAUGGUGAUGGAGGGGACGAUGGUGGGUAUUAUGAUUAUGAGAGCCGCCGUAAAAGAAGCUCAGAUGGGAGAGACAGAGACGGUUACCAGUGGAAUGGUGGUGGAAGGAGGGGUAACAGGGGAGGCAAUGGCCAUGGCAGCCAGUACUAGAUGUUAGCCUUAUCCAUGACCCAAAGAAACAAUUUUUUAAAAUCUAACCAGACAGUGAUCGGGUACUGCAGAUAUUAAAAUUGGAAUGACAGUUUCUUUGCCUUUUUUUUGCAUUCUAGUAUCCCCCCCCCCCCCCCCCCCCCCUCUUUUUGUUGAGUAGAUCGUAAAUAUUGAUGAUUUUUAUCCUGUGCUACUCUUUACAAGGCAAAUUUUGUUUAGAAUGAGCAAAUUUAAAGGAUAUAUUCAUAUACUACGUACUUUGUAUCAGCUUACAAC